GUCCUGAUUGGGAGAAGCGGCCGGAAGGGCACCGCGGAAAUCGCGGGCGAGUGACAGUGAGAGGGCGAGGGGGCCGAGGGCAGGAUGCCUGUGGAGAGCAAGAUGGCGGAGAAAGAGAAGAAGAAGAAGGAGAGCAUCUUGGAUCUCUCCAAGUAUAUCGACAAGACCAUCCGCGUCAAGUUCCAGGGUGGACGCGAAGCCAGCGGUGUUUUGAAAGGAUUUGACCCUCUUCUGAAUCUGGUACUGGACGGCACCAUUGAGUACAUGAGAGAUCCAGAUGACCAGUACAAGCUCACAGAAGAUACCCGCCAGCUGGGACUAGUGGUCUGCAGAGGCACCUCCGUAGUUCUGAUCUGCCCCCAGGAUGGAAUGGAAGCGAUACCAAACCCUUUUGUACAGCAGCAAGAUGGCUAGCAUUAUUUUUUAAUGGGCUACUGUUGAAAACUACAGAGGACUGGAAAGGAACCCCCAUUCUGCAGGGGAUUUUUUUUAAUGUUUGUUUCAUAACAAGGAAAGGCUGCGUUCAAUUUAGGUUAUUUCCUUUGUAGUCUGGCAGCCAUUGAAAGAGGGCAGUUUGCAAUUGAGAGGGGUCCUGAACCUUUUUUUCUGAAAGUUACCUCUCGCUGUUAUUAAUCCCUCUCGCUUCUGAUCAGAGUUUGGAGCCAGUGAAAUAAUGGGAAGCAUUAUGAUGAGAUGCACCAAAGUAAGAGACUUGUGACGAUUAUUGGUCUUUUUUUCCCCUACUGGAUAAAAAAUGUGUGGUUUUUUAUACAGUUCUGUUAUCUCUCCAAGGUUUCAGUUUUCUUUUCUGUUUUUGCCCAGUACAUAUUCUGUCUUCGAAGCCGGGGUGGGCAGAAGCUGGACCUGCAGCCUCUUUAUUUUUUAUUUUUAUUUUUUACACCACUGCUCAAAGCGCUGGGCGUGUUGAUGAGGGUUAUACAGAAUUCUUAGCUCAAAGUGGUAACAUUCUCUCACCCAGAGAGCCCACUGCAUAAUAAAAGUUGUCCAAAACAA